GGCUGCUGCGGGGGGCGCGAACGGCGAGGAGCGGGUUCGGGGCCACUGUGCGUUUAAAUCACAUGGGCGGGGCUGCUGCGGCGCCGGGCGACGCGCGGGCGCGCGGCACUGCAGGCGCCAUCUGGAGCCGCGCGGUCCAAGCUGCUCGCCGGCCGUGGGCGAUCUCGCGGGCGCCUUUCGCUACGCUUCCCGGGGCGUUCGCUCCCGCCCGCCGCAGAGCCUUCCAUUAGACUCGCGAGUCGAUUACCGCGCGCGGCAUUUACAUUCGAAGCACGCCUGCGUAUAGCCGAGCAGUGGCCCGAGACGAUCGAGGUGGUCGCGGACUCGCGGAUUAUACGCGCGGACAUGGCUCCAAUUCGAUGGCUCAAUAUUUGAACGCCUUAUUACAGAGGUUCGCGCGGGGGCCGAUCCACGUCGAUCGACCAGCUUCCGACCGAUCCAAUUUUUACCGCCAAGCUGCCAGCGCUCAUUCGUGUGCUUUGCACCUCGGAGCCUGCUCAGCGGUCCGCUUGGUGUACCCUCGACGCGUUCACCCGCCGAGCGGCUUAUUAAUCACAGCGUCCCUCCGUCCGCGAGCGAACGAGCGGGGAAAAAGCCCGGAGCGGCUGAUAAUUAAACUAAACGUAUUUCGCGCAAAUUAAUGAGAUUUGCAGGCGCGUGGUGCUGCGCCUGGCCGGCGCGCUCUCGCCCCUUUCCAGCUGAGUCGCGCGCUCGAGCUGCCUCGGGAUGCACGUGAGAUCGGCGGUCUGGCUGCUGUGGCUGUGCCAGUGCGCGCUGCUGGCUCGCGGCCGCACGAGUAGCCUGAAGACGGCGAUCGGCCGACACGCCCGCUCGCUGGCCUACCCCGACGGCAGCGGCAUGGGGAUUUUCUUCGCCAUCGGGGUACCCGUCGACCUGCCCGACAAGUCCGUCUCACUGUCGUUCUACUUCGAGGCCAACUACCAAACGCCGCACAUCAACAACUCCGGCCAAAUGAACGCCAGCGAGCACCGGAUCCGCAGACGCGCUCUCGACAGGCGGAUGCUUUACGACGCGAUCGAGCGCCAGUUCGACAGUUACGGCUACCGGGGAAGGGCGUGCCUGCAGCGCACGAUAUGCGAGUCUGCCGCAUUUCCAUUUGAACGAAGCGGCCUGGUAGGCGAUCUGGUCCGCAUAAUAUUCACGCCCUCCAGCUCGCUCGCCGAAAAUCUCGAGGCCGACGUCGAGCGCGCCGAGUUCGCCGACGACUGUCGCGGAUUCCAGCGCGACUGCCCGAUCAGUCUGCUCGACUUGAUCAGCCACGCUCAUUGACGGCAAUCUUUGCCGGAUGAUCCACGGCAAAGGCCUGCUAUCCCGACUCCCUCGGCUGUCUAUGAAAAUUAAUUCAGCGCCGUCAGGACUGACCUCGCUGGCUUUUUUCCGUGGCCAAGGAAAUGGUCGAUUUGGCAACAGAGCGGUCAGCGAACCAAUCAGUCUUCGAUCCGAGAACUCCCGUUGGGGGACAAGUCUGCUUUGGAAAGCUCCUACGAUAUUAUACUUGAAGAUUGAUACUUGUAAAACAACAUUUUCCAAUAUCCAUUAUGGUCGUUCGCUACCACUUUGAGAAAAUUUAUUUGUGUGAUAUACUCCCUUCUUUCAGAAUCUAAAGAUAAAGACUUUUUUUGAAAGUAACGUAUGUGAUUUAAAUAUGCUUCAUUCGUGUCAUUUUGAUUGCAAUGUCCCCCAACCUAAUUAAUCUCAAGUUUAUUAUGCAAAGAUUGGAAAACAUCUCGAGUAGAUGAAAAAUGUUAACGGGCUACAAAGAUGUAGGCUU